CAAUUAAACCACUUUCCUUUAUAAAUUACCCAGUCUCAGAUAUGUCCUUAUAGCAGCAUGAGAAUGGACUAAAGUAAAUUGGUACAGGUAGUGGGGUACUGCUGUAAAGAUACCUGAAAAUGUGGAAUUGACUUUGGAGCUAGGUAACAGGAAGAGGUUAGAACAGUUUGGAGGGUCAGAUGAAGACAGGAAGAUAUGGGAAAGUUUAGAACUUUCUAGAUACUUGUUGAAUGGCUUUGAGCAAAGUGCUGAUAGUUGUAUGGACAAUGAAGUCCAGGCUGAGGUGGUCUCAGAUGGAGAUGAGAAACUUGUUGGGAAGUGGCAUAAAGGUGACUCUUGCUAUGUUUUAGCAGAAACUGGUGGCAUUUUGCCCCUGCCCUAAGGAUCUGUGGAAUUUUAACUUGAUAGGAAUGAUGUAGAGUAUCUAGUGGAAUAAAAUUCUAAGCAGCAAAGCAUUCAAUGGGUAUCACUUGGGUGCUUUUAAGAGCAUUCAGUUUUAUGUGUUCACAAAGAUAUGGUUUAGAAUUGGAACUUAUGUAUAAAAGAGAAGCAGAGAUGAAAGUUCAGAAUAUUUGCAGCCUGACAAUGUGAUAGAAAAGAAAAACUCAUUUUCUGAUGAGAAAUUCAAGCUGGCUGCAGAAAUUUGCAUAACAAGGAGCCAAAUGUUAAUUACCAAUAUGAUGGGGGAAAAUGUCUCCAGCACAUGUCAGAGGUCUUCAUGGCAGCCCCUCCCAUCACAGGUCCAGAUGCCUACAAGAAAAGAGUGAUUUUGGCCAGGCCUAGGGCCUUGCUGCUUUGUGCAGUCUGGAGAUGUGGUGCCCUGCAUCACAGCUGUAGCUAAAAGGGUCCAGUGUAGAGCUCAGGCUGUUGUUUCAGAGGGUGCAGCCCCAAGCCUUGGCAGCUUACAUGUGACAUUAGGCUUGUGGGUACACAGAAAUCAAGAACUGAGGGUUUGAAACCUCAGUCUAGAUUUCAGAGGAUGUAUGGAAAUGCCUGGAUGUCCAGGCAGAAGUUUGCUCCAGGGGUGGAGCCCUCAUGGAAUACCUCUGCUACGCCAGUGCAGAAGGGAACUGUGGGGUCAGAACCCCCACACAGAGUCCCCACUGGGGCACUGCCUAGUGGAGCUGCAAGAAUCGGGCAACCAUCCUCCAGACCACAAAAUGACAGAUCCACCAACAGCUUGCGUCGUGCACCUGGAAAAGCUACACAUACUCAAUGCCAGCCCAUGAAGGCAACCAGGAAGGGGGCUGUACACUGCAAUGCCACAGGAGCUGCCUAAGGCUGUGGGAGCCCACCUCUUGAAUUCACAUGAAAUAGUUGUGAGACAAAGUCAAAGGAGAUCAUUUUGGAGCUGUAAGAUUUGACUGCCCUGCUGGAUUUUAGAAUUGCAUGGGCCCUAUAGUCCCUUUGUUUUGGCUAAUUUCUCCCAUUUGGAACAGGUGUAUUUACCCAAUGCCUGUAUGCCCAUUGUAUCUAGGAAGCAACAAACUUUCUUUUGAUUUUACAGGCUCAUAGGCAGAAGGAACUUGCCUUGUGUCAGAUGAGAUUUUUGGACUUGGACUUUUGAGUUAAUGCUGAAAUGAGUUAAGACUUUGGGUGACUGUUGGGAAGGCAGGAUUAUGUUUUGAAAUGUGAGAACAUGAGAUUUGGAAAAGAUCAGGGGCAGAAUGAUAUGCUUUGGCUGUGUCCCCAUGCAAAUCUUAUCUCAAAUUGUAGUUGUCAUAAUCCCCAUAUGUCAUGGGAGGGAACUGGUGAGAGGUGAUUGAAUCAUGGGGUUGGUUACCCUCAUGCUGCUGUUCUUGUGGUAGUGAGUGAGUUCUCAUGAGAUCUGAUGGUUUUAAAAGGGGCUUUUCCUUCUUUGUUUGGCACUUCUCCUUCCUGCCGCAUGUGAAGAAGGACACAUUUGCUUUCCCCUCUGCCAUGAUUAUCAAUUUCCUGAAGCUCCCCCAUCCAUGCUGAACUGUAAGUCAGUUAAACCUCUUUCCUUUACAAAUUACCCAGUCUCAGGUAUGUCGUUUUAGCAGUGUGAGAAUGGACUAAUACAGUGAGCAAGGGAUCAUGACUGUUUAUUAGGGUCAUUGUCCUCAGCUUACUUACUACUUCUCAAUCCUUGCCCUUUUCUGGUUGUUGGACUUGGACUUUUGAGUUAAUGCUGAAAUGAGUUAAGACUUUGGGUGACUGUUGGGAAGGCACCCUUGCUGGUUAAACGUCACCCUUGCUGGCCACUCCCCUGAUUUGCCCCUAGAGAUGCCUAUGGUCUAUUAACCAUCUCCAUACCCUACUUUGGGACAAGCUUCCAUUGACUGCCCCUCUGAUCUUGGUGAUUGUGAGGUUCUGGCAUCUUUCAUUUAAGUGCCAUGACCUGAUCACUAUUACUUUAGAGGCCCCAGUAUUCCCAUUGGAUAUUAAGAAUCACAGCUCUAUGACUGCCUCUAUUGUCAGUCUUGUCCUGCAGAAGAAAGCUACUGUACUACUCAGUGAUGCAAGUGCCCUUCUUAGCACAUUCCUGAUUUCCUUGGUGAAUGGUGUUUCCUCUGGACCCUCCCCUAGAACAUAGUCAUCUUGUAGUUUUUCCGACCUCACAUAAUAUAGCCACUCCAGGAAGCCGACUUCUCCUUUUCAGCCUUUUUAUUCCUUCCUCUUCCUCCUGCCUUGGUAACUCAGGCAUUUCCACUUUGCUCAGUGUUGGAUUACUUUCUUAGGCUUCAAAGAGCCAUUCUAACAAUGAGAGUUUGCACCAUCCUCUGGGUCUUACCAGGCCAUUAAGCUUCAUGUCCUACAAAAGUACUUCCAAGUCAAAGAAACCUUGCUUGUUCAGUUUCAUAUUCUAACUCCCUGUGCAAACAUCCUCAAAAUUCAGUAUCAGUUGUCUUCAUUGGCUAGUUGUACCUUGGAAUUUAAUUUCUUUCCUCCCUUAUCAGGCCCAGCAUGUUCCCAACUGGGUUUAACCCUACGGUUAUUGGCCUAGCAGCCAAGAGAUGAGGUAGGGGUGCUCCUGAGAGGACAUCUAUUAAGAUACACUUAUUCUGUUUUGCAGCAUAAGGGUCAGUCAUACCUGAAAGUUCUUAGAUUCCUGAAGGGUCUGCAGAGUCAACAUUAGGAGUAUCCUUCCAUUCACCAAGGCUAUCAGGAAUGUGCUGGUAAGAAGGGUACCAGUCACACUAAGAAAUUCAGCAGCUUCCCUCUGCAAGCCAAAACUUGCAGUAGAGACAGUCACAGAGCUGAGCUCAUUAACAUCCAUGGGGAGAGUGGUGUUCUCAUAGUAAUAAAGUAGUAAUGUUUCACUGUAGAAGCUGUUUCAGGAUUUUACGUUUUCCCAACCAAAGCUCUGACAUUUAGCAUACAGCCCUGCCUGGCUGGUAUCAUCUGAAUGUCUCUAGAGCUCUGUAACUAUCAUAUCCUCAAUUUGCUGGUAGCUGUGUCUACUCUUCCAAUACAGGAGAUAAGGGCUGUCAAAGAUAUCUUCUAGCUUUCAUACUUAACCUUUAACUACCAAUCAGAUAAAUGAUUUCUCAUCGUCCCUCUGCAAGGCAUCAGUACUACUCUGUAACCAACCAACUCUUGCAGGCACUGUCCUCCUUAUAUCUUUCAAAUGCUUUGAUUAUUACAUCAACCAGGGGAUUUCCUAUUACCAGUUUGUUUUCCUAGGUAGAAAACAUUUCAUCACCAUGAAGUCUUUAGCAGUGCCAUCUCUUUCUAGGAGCUAUCCAUACUCUACAUACUGCACAAUAUGGUAUCUUAUUUGCCUGUCGGAUAGUAAGUAAACAAGUCUCAAAAUUUUAUCUUACCACUGGUUCUCUCAGAACAUUCUCACAAGCAUUUGUAUUAGCUCAGAUCCUUUGAGAUCUGCUAAGAUGGGAUUCGAAGUCCAAGAGGUUUACUGGGAAAACAGUUAGGACAAAUAAAGGGGAAGCAGCUAGUGCAAGUGAGAACCUUCAAACAUCAAUGCAGGUGAAGAAGAGAGAGGAAAGGAAGAAGGAGAAUUUGGUUGGUAGAGUUUCAGAUUGCAGCACAAUUCUAAGAAAGUUUCAACCACCUUUACGGGGAAUUCUCAAGCAAAAAUCUCCCACUAAAAGUAUCCCACAUUAGUACCCCUUCCAUGUUUAGUCUUGGCUGAGAGUGGCUUGUAGGAAGCAUGGCUUUGGGAUGAAUAUGGUGGAUAAAUCUGAGGCACACUACCUGAGUCCAUCAGUCAAUUUUGCUUUGAUAUGGGCAUUUUCAUGGCCAUAUUCCACAUAAUCUUUUGUUAUCAUUAUUAUUAUUUUAAAGCAAGGUCUUGUUCUGUCACCCAGGGUAGGGUUUAGUGGUACAAUUUUGGUUCACUGCAACUUCUGCCUCCUGGUCUCAAGUGAUCCUUGCACCUCAGCCUCCAGAGUAGCUGGGACUAUAGGUACACACCCCCACGCCAGCUAAUUUUUUGUAGACAUGGGGUUUCACAGUGUUGCCUAGGCUGGUCUUGAACUCCUGGACUCAAGCAAUCUGCCUGCCAUGGCCUCCCAAAGUGCUACGAUUAUAGGGAUGAGGCAAUGUGCCCAGCUUCUACAUAGUCUUAUGAUAGCUUUUAGCCGCUAGAGAGACUAGGUCCUUUCUAGUUUGAAUCCAGAGGAAUAUAGGCAUCUUUAUCUUAGCAUUCCUAGCAAAAGCUCUGAGAAUGACUUGGAUUAGGCCAGGCUAGGUCCUGUGCCCACCCCUGAGCCAGGCAUGGUGGCCAGGGAAUUUUAUGCCCUGCUUUGCUCAGGUGUAGUUUUCAUGUUCUACUUCCAAGGUAAGAGUUGGAACUCCACCCAUACCAUAAGAACUGAGAGGCAGUGAGGGACAGAUCUCCAAGAAACAAUAUGCACAUAGAAUAUGUGUAUUUUUUAUUUUAAUGACUGCUGUAAGGUUGCUUUCUAAAGACCCUAUAACAAUUCACAGUUCCACCAAAAAUUAUGAGUACCUUCUCCCCCCACAACUUCAUCAGCAAUAUCUUAUCUUAGCUUUCUUUUUAAAUGCUUGCCUACCUGAUGUUUACAAAGUGAUAGCUCAUUAUUAGUUUUAAUUUAUAAUUUCCUAGUUCCUAGUACUAGUGUUUUUAAACUAUUUUUUUUCAUGUAUUCACUGGCUACUUGGAUUUGCUUUUCUGUCAAUGGAUUUCCCCAAAUCCCAUGUCUAUUUUCCUAUUGUUUAUCUUUUGUCCUUUUUUUUUGUCAGUUUAUAAAAGCACUUUUUAUGUUAUAGCUAAUUACCCUCUGUCUGUCCUCUGCAUUGCAAAUGGGUAAAGAAAAAGUAGCCUGGAACUCUGCACAUGUUAUCCUCCUUCAUCUUUAUUGUCCAUAUUAGACCCAUAUUCCUCAGGAGACAGUCCAGAUCAAUAUGCCAGGACUACUGUGGGACAACUCCAUCAUUUAUUUUUUUAAUUAUUAUUUUUUAUUUUUUUAAAGACAAGGUCUUUCUCUGUUGCCCAGACUGGAGUGCAGUGAUGCAAUCAUAGCUCACUGCAGCCUCAAACUUCUUGGCUCAAGCGAUCUUCCCCACCUCAUUAUUAUUGAAAAACAAAAUGAGAUAAUCCCUGGUCAAGGACAAGUUUUCAUCACCCACCUCUACCCCUUCCCUCACACACACACUGAAGCAAGAUUGCCCAAAUUUUGGUCAUUCUGGAACCACCACCCCAAUUUUUGCCAUAUCAUUUAAGUUGUGUACUAUUUAUAUUUCUGGAAAUUGUCCUUUUUUGCACAGAUUUAUUUUAAAAGCAUAUAUUGUUGCUAUUGCAUCAGUGUAACUACUGGUUAUCUUUUUUCAAUGCUCAUUAAAAUAAAUUCAUAACUAUGAAAAUAAAAGACAUUUGUGUACUAUCCCAAACAUACUUACCUUUGGGAAACUGCAUUAGAGCAUGUCAAGAGGAUCACCAGGCUAGUUAGGGACAAGACCGAGGGUUUACAGAGCUGUGAGUUUCAUGACCUCACCACUCACUGAUUGCACAACCACUCCCAUGGAGUGCUUUUUCAUUAAAGGUAGGUUCAUUUACAUCAGAGAAAAGGCAGCAUGGAAGAAUGCAACUGCUGUACACAUAUUUGUAGUGGAAAUUAGAAUACAGGCCUUUCUCCAAAACCAACACUGUAGUAGGGAAAAGGUGUUGGUUUGGCAGAAAUAGACUUCAGUCAAGUCCAGUGGACCUACUGUAUGUGACAUUCAGGGCCCAGGAAGCUGGAUCCCAGUGCUGACCAGGAUUGUGCUAUGAACAUUCCACAUUCUGGCUAGAACAUUAGGGAUUCUAAGGUUCUGCUUAUUAUGCUGGGGUCCAGGGCUUGAAAAUGGCAGCCAUAGGACCUGGGGCUGUGGUAGGACACAGUCCCUGAGUGGGUCUCAGUGUCCAACACUGUAGCUGGUGCCUGCCAGGUUCCCAGUGGCAAGGGUCACUAGGUCUGAAGAGAGAUGUGCUGGCUGGGGGCAUGGGGCCAGAUCCUCCUACCAAUUUUUCUCUCCCUCUUUCUCAUCCAAUUGCUUAUCAGCUUCUCAGAGAAUGGUUUUUUCUAUAGCCCCAGGAACAAUCAGAAACCAAGAGAUGGAAUUGAAGAGGGAUGUACUAUAAAGAAGAGUUGUCAGUUGUGCACAAAAGAUAAGAAAUGUAUUUGGUGUAGUGAAGAAAAGGCAUGCAAAAAAUAUUGUUUUCCAUAUUUUGGGUGUCGGUUCAGUUCCGUAUAUUGGUUAAACUGUAAAGUUGACAUGUUUGGAAUCAUGACGCUUCUACUCAUUGCAAUAUUAAUUACAGCAUUAUUUUGGUUCUGCUGCGCCUAUCACUCUUACCUGCAGGAUUUGAACAGAAAUCGUGUCUAUUUUUAUGCAAGACGAGAAACAGGUCCUGUUCACAACUGGAAUGCUACUGGCAAGUGUUUUUAUUUAUUUGAUGGAACGUCCCAGACUCCUUCAGUAACAGUUUGUUCCCUUGUUCCAAACAUCAAAAUUAAAGUAUGUAGGGUCCAAGCACAGUGACUCACACCUGUAACCUCAAUACUUUGAAAGGCCAAGGUGGGAGGAUUUGCUUGAGGCCAGGAAUUUGAGGUUACGGUGAGCACCUUGCAUUGCAUGCAUAUUGCAUCAUCUAAUUCCAGCCUGGGCUACAGAAGGAGACCCUGUCUCUGAAAACAACAACAACAAAAAUAAAAGUAUGGUAGGACUCAUAACAACCCAGAUUUCAUUGUUCCCAUUUCCAUGAUACAUUUUGGUAACCUCAAUAGCUAGACUAGGAUUGGUAAAAAUCACAAUAUUGAUAGAUAAGGGCUAAAAUUUUCCAGCCCAUUUGGGGAUAUUAAUAGCUUCCCCAGCUACCCCAACUCCCACUCUACAAAAGCAACCAGACAAAAGAUGACCUUUGUCUUCAGGAAUUCUUGCGGGCUUUCCCGGAUUAAUUCAUUUCAUCUUACCUAGUUCCUUGGCUAACCUACUAUCUGCUCUUCUCAACUUGAUUCUAAACUUUCCCUUACUUACAAGGCUUCCCCUUAUCCAGGACUCAAAUCUUGGCUUUCUUUGACUGAUCACCCACAAUUCCUGGGUGGGCACUCCCAAUCCUCUACCCAGGUCUGGAUCCUGAAAGCCCACUGGAGUCAAAAUCUUGAUCCCCUUUUCAUUUAAUUUGACUACAAAAAGUUUUACAUCAUAAUAAUAUGACUGAGGAAAAGUACUGCGUAGUCCUUUAUACUUACUGUCAAAAAAUAACUUUGUAUGGUGGGGGGCUCCAGAUUAUUUUAGAGCCACAGAGGCAUAAUGACAGGGAAUGUAGAAAAGCCUGGGACCCAUACUUGGAGGUUGCAAAAUCUGGAUGGGAAGCCCGGUAAACCUUUUAGGGUAAGGAUGAAAUGGUAAGCACAUACACGCCCUAUUAUCAACUCCUAGACCUUGUUAUAUAGAAAUUGUUUGGGUGAUAAUGGGAUCAUGAAAUGUUUCAAGAGGCUAUUUUAGGAGGGGAGCCAAACUGUAGGGCAAAUGCUGCUUCUUCCUAGGGUCGAAAUCAAACCAGGGGGCUGCAGAGAAUAAUGCUGCUUUCAAUUUUUCUCUGUCCAUUUUUUUUUUAAAUUUAUUAUUGCAUUUUAGGUUUUGGGGUACAUGUGCAGAACAUGCAAGACAGUUGCAUAGGUACACACAUGGCAGUGUGUUUUGCUUCCUUUCUCCCCUUUGCCCACAUUUGGCAUUUCUCCCCAGGCUAUCCCUCCCCAGCUCCCCCCCCCCGCUGGCCCUCCCCUUUUCCCACCAAUAGACCCCAGUGUUUAGUAUUCCCCUCCCUGUGUCCAUGUGUUCUCAUUUUUCAUCACCCGCCUAUGAGUGAGAAUAUGCAGUAUUUCAUUUUCUUUUCUUGUGUCAGUUUGCUGAGAAUGAUGUUCUCCAGAUUCAUCCAUGUCCCUACAAACGACACAAACUCAUCAUUUCUGAUUGCUGCAUAAUAUUCCAUGGUGUAUAUGUGCCACAUUUUCCCAAUCCAGUCUAUCAUCAAUGGGCAUUUGGGUUGGUUCCAGGUCUUUGCUAUUGUAAACAGUGCUGCAAUGAACAUUCAUGUGCAUGUGUCCUUAUAGUAGAAUGAUUUAUAGUCCUUUGGAUAUAUACCCAGUAAUGGGAUUGCUGGGUCAAAUGGAAUUUCUAUUUCUAAGGCCUUGAGGAAUCGCCACACUGUCUUCCACAAUGGUUGAACUAAUUUACAUUCCCACCAACAGUGUAAAAGUGUUCCUUUUUCUCCACAUCCUCUCCAGCAUCUGUUGUCUCCAGAUUUUUUAAUGAUCGCCGUUCUAACUGGCGUGAGAUGGUAUCUCAAUGUGGUUUUGAUUUGCAUCUCUCUAAUGACCAGUGAUGAUGAGCAUUUUUUCAUAUGUUUGUUGUCCUCAUAUAUGUCUUCUUUUGUAAAGUGUCUGUUCAUAUCCUUUGCCCAUUUUUGAAUGGGCUUGUUUGUUUUUUUUCUGUAAAUCCGUUUGAGUUCUUUGUAAAUUCUGGAUAUCAGCCCUUUGUCAGAAGGGUAAACUGCAAAAAUUUUUUCCCAUUGUGUUGGUUGCCGAUUCACUCUAGUGACUGUUUCUUUUGCCGUGCAGAAGCUGUGGAGUUUCAUUAGGUCCCAUUUGUCUAUUUUGGCUUUUGUUGCCAAAGCUUUUGGUGUUUUGUUCAUGAAGUCCUUGCCUACUCCUAUGUCCUGGAUGGUUUUGCCUAGAUUUCCUUCUAGGGUUUUUAUGGUGCCAGGUCUUAUGUUUAAGUCUUUAAUUCAUCUCAAGUUAAUUUUAGUGUAAGGUGUCAGGAAGGGGUCCUGUUUCUGCUUUCUGCACAUGGCUAGCCAGUUUUCCCAACACCAUUUAUUAAACAGGGAAUCCUCUCCCCAUUGCUUGUUUUUGUCAGGUUUAUCCAAGAUUGUAUGGUUGUAGAUAUGUUGUGUUGCCUCCGGUGCCUCUGUUUUGUUCCAUUGGUCUAUAUCUCUGUUUUGGUACCAGUACCAUGCUGUUUUGAUUACUGUAACCUUGUAGUACAGUUUGAAAUCCAGUAGUGUGAUGCCCCCCGCUGUGUUCUUUUUGCUUAGAAUUGACUUGGCUAUGCGGGCUCUCUUUUGGUUCCAUAUGAAGUUCAUGGUGGUUUUUUCAGUUCUGUGAAGAAAGUCAGUGGUAGCUUGAUGGGGAUAGCGCUGAUUCUGUAAAUUACUUUGGGCAGUAUAGCCAUUUUCACGAUAUUAAUUCUUCCUAACCAUGAACAUGGAAUGUUUCUCCAUCUGUUUGUGUCCUCUCUGAUUUCGUUGAGCAGUGGUUUGUAGUUUUCCUUGAAGAGGUCCCUUACGUUCCUUGUGAGUUGUAUUCCUAGGUAUUUUAUUCUUUUUGUAGCAAUUGUGAAUGGCAGUUUAUUCUUGAUUUGGCUUUCUUUAAGUCUGUUAUUGGUGUAGACGAAUGCUUGUGAUUUUUGCACGUUGAUUUUAUAUCCUGAGACUUUGCUGAAGUUGCUUAUCAGUUUCAGGAGUCUUUGGGCUGAGGCGAUGGGGUCUUCUAGGUAUACUACCAUGUCGUCUGCAAAUAGAGACAAUUUGGCUUCCAUCUUUCCUAUUUGAAUGCCCUUUAUUUCUUUUUCUUGCCUGAUUGCUCUGGCUAGAACUUCCAGUACUAUAUUGAAUAGGAGUGGUGAGAGAGGGCAUCCUUGUCUAGUACCGGAUUUCAAAGGGAAUGCUUCCAGUUUUUGCCCAUUCAGUAUGAUAUUGGCUGUUGGUUUGUCAUAAAUAGCUUUUAUUACUUUGAGAUACGUUCCAUUGAUACCGAGUUUAUUGAGGGUUUUUAGCAUAAAGGGCUGUUGAAUUUUGUCAAAUGCCUUCUCUGCGUCAAUUGAGAUAAUCAUGUGGUUUUUGUUUUUGGUUCUGUUUAUGUGGUGAAUUACGUUGAUAGACUUGCGUAUGUUGAACCAGCCGUGCAUCCCUGGGAUGAAUCCUACUUGAUCAUGAUGAAUAAGUUUUUUUGAUUUGCUGUUGCAAUUGGCUUGCCAAUAUUUUAUGGAAGAUUUUUGCAUCUAUGUUCAUCAUGGAUAUUGGCCUGAAGUUUUCUUUUCUUGUUGGGUCUCUGCCGGGUUUUGGUAUCAGGAUGAUGUUGGUCUCAUAAAAUGAUUUGGGAAGGAUUCCCUCUUUUUGGAUUAUUUGGAAUAGUUUCAGAAGGAAUGGUACCAGCUCCUCUUUGUGUGUCUGGUGGAAUUCGGCUGUGAACCCAUCUGGACAUGGGCUUUAUUUGUGUGGUAGGCUCUUAAUUGCUGUCUUGACAUCUGACCUUGUUAUUGGUCUAUUCAUAGUUUCAGCUUCCUCCUGGUCUAGGCUUGGGAGGACACAGGAGUCCAGGAGUUUAUCCAUUUCUUCCAGGUUUACUAGUUUAUGUGCAUAGAGUUGUUUGUAAUAUUCUCUGAUGAUGGUUUGAAUUUCUGUGGAAUCUGUGGUGAUUUCCCCUUUAUUAUUUUUUAUUGCAUCUAUUUGGUUGUUCUCUGUUUUCUUUUUUAUCAGUCUAGCUAGUGGUCUGUCUAUUUUGUUGAUCUUUUCAAAAAACCAGCUCUUGGAUUUAUUGAUUUUUGAAGGGCUUUUCGUGUCUCUAACUCCUUCAGUUCAGCUCUGAUCUUACUUAUUUAUUGUCUUCUGCUAGGUUUUCAGUUUUUUUGAUCUUGCUCCUCUAGCUCUUUCAAUUUCGACGGUAGGGUGUCAAUUUUGGCUCUCUCCAUUCUCCUCAUAUGGGCACUUAUUGCUAUAUAUUUUCCUCUAGAGACUGCUUUAAAUGUGUCCCAGAGAUUCUGGCAUGUUGUGUCUUCAUUCUCAUUGGUUUCGAAGAACUUGAUUUCUGCCUUCAUUUCAUUGUUUAUCCAGUCAACAUUCAAGAGCCAGUUGUUCAGUUUCCAUGAAGCUGUGUGGUUCUGGGUUGGUUUCUGAAUUCUGAGUUCUAACUUGAUUGCACUAUGGUCUGAGAGGCUGUUUGUUAUGAUUUCAGUUGUUUUGCAUUUGCUGAGGAGUGCUUUACUUCCAAUUAUGUGGUCCAUUUUAGAGUAGGUGUGAUGUGGGGCUGAGACGAAUGUAUAUUCUGUGGAUUAGGGGUGGAGAGUUCUGUAAAUGUCUAUCAGGUUUGCUUGUUCCAGGUCUGAGAUCAAGCCCUGGAUAUCCUUGUUGACUUUCUGUCUGGUUGAUCGUCUAUUAUUGACAGUGGAGUGUUAAAGUCUCCCACUAUUAUUGUGUGGGAGUCUAAGUCCCUUUGUAAGUCAUUAAGAACUUGCCUUAUGUAUCUGGGUGCUCCUGUAUUGGGUCCAUAUAUGUUUAGGAUUGUUAGCUCUUCUUGUUGUAUCGAUCCUUUUACCAUUAUGUAAUGGCCUUCUUUGUCUCUUUUGAUCUUUGUUGCUUAAAAGUCUAUUUUAUCAGAGAUGAGAAUUGCAACUCCAGCUUUUUUUUGCUCUCCAUUUGCUUGGUAAAUCUUUCUCCAUCACUUUAUUUUGAGCCUUUGUGUAUCCUUGCAUGUGAGAUGGGUUUCCUGGAUACAGCACACUGAUGGGUUUUGGCUUUUUAUCCAAUUUGCCAGUCUGUGUCUUUUUUUUUUUUUUUUUUAAUUUUUUAUUGGAUUAUAGGUUUUGGGGUACAUGAGCAGAGCAUGCAAGACAGUUGCGUAGGUACACACAUGGCAGUGUGCUUUGCUUUUCUUCUCCCCUUCACCCACAUUUGGCAUUUCUCCCCAGGCUAUCCCUCCCCACCUCCCCCCCCACUGACCCUCCCUUUUUCCCCC